UUAGUAUAGAACAGCUAAUAAUAAUAUCUAUUGUUGCAUUGUAAUGAAGAGACUUAUUAGUUCAUUCUUUAAUCGUGUGGGUGCUGCUGCUCCAUACUCUGCCAUGUCCCAUCUCCUCCGAGGAAACGUCCCUGUGCUUUAAUCUGUGUAGUCUGGGCUGCUGUGGGAUUAACGCGGCGCAGACUGGCUCCAUAACGUCCAGCUGUCGUUUUUUUUUUUUUUUUUUUUUUUUUUUUUUUGAGGGGGGGCUUUUGAUUCGCGUGUGAUGAGUUUCCCAAAGCAUCUGGAGAUCAAUUAUCCGUUCGCUGGAGUCAGUAGUUGGGCAGAGAGAUCAAGGCUCUCUCUGUCUCUCUAAAACAUGCACCGUUUCAAAGACAAGUAAGAGGAGUGAAAUAGGCGGUUUAAUUCACCCUCUAACGAACAUUUGUAUAAUGAAUAACUUGCUUGUAUGUAACGGGCGUGGUGUUUGUUGUUGGUAUUUCAUUCAUUCCAGUGUCUUUUAUUUUUAGCGUGGCAUUGCUCGUUUCUCGGCAGAUUGCAGCCUCGAAGAGAUUUAUUCCCUCCAUUCCUUCUUCUCCAUAGUCUAAUCCCUUCCUCGUUUAUCCAUACAGUCCUCAGGAAAAUGCAGAUAUGUAUUGGAGAGGGCGUAUAAUGCAUCCAUGAUCCACAGGAAUCCUGAAUCCUUGCAGCUGAUUGGCUGCCGCCUCCUGCCUCUUGUUGGGAUGGACCUGUUGGAUAAAAGGACCAUUUUCUAAAAGACUCCCGUGCGUUACACAGAGGAUCAUGAGCUGGGGACCCUCCGAUGAGACGCUAGAAUAAGAAAACAGGCCUUUCAAGGAGCACCGAAGACACGAUGACGGGGAAACAAGGCGCCGUGCUGACGGAAAGUUUAAAUUUGUCGGAGAAGAGCUCUCUGGGCGUGAACGGGGGGAGUAACAGCCACCAGCAGAAGAGCGCGGCGACCCAUCCGCCGCCCAGGUGCACGGGCUUCGGCAUCCAGGAGAUACUGGGGCUCAAUAAGGAGCCGUCCGCGGCGCCGAGGAGCCCGCUGGGCUCCCUGCCGGCCGGGGCGCACCUGAUCGCCGCCAGGUCCGUGCUGGGCCCCGCCGGCAUGGGUGUGGGUGUCGGGAUGGGAUUAAUCGGCCCCGCUGGAAUUCCGUCGUUUUACAGGCAGCCGGCGUUUCUGGAGACCGUGCUGUCGGACGGACACGAUGUUCACCUGCAGCCCCACAGCAGGUCCGUGGGGCCGCUGGACACCAGCCAGUCCGCCAGCUCAGACUCAGAUGAUUUAUCUUCAAACGAACGGAAACUGUCCAAGUCAUCAGUAAGUCAGAGCAAGAAACGCAAGAAAAGACGCCACCGGACCAUAUUCACUUCUUAUCAGCUGGAGGAGCUGGAAAAGGCCUUUAAUGAAGCGCACUACCCGGAUGUUUAUGCCCGGGAGAUGCUGGCCAUGAAGACAGAGCUACCUGAAGACAGGAUACAGGUGUGGUUUCAGAACCGCAGAGCCAAGUGGAGGAAGAGGGAGAAGUGCUGGGGCCGCAGCACAGUGAUGGCUGAGUAUGGGCUGUACGGGGCCAUGGUGAGGCAUUCCAUCCCCCUGCCAGAGUCCAUCCUCAAGUCGGCCAAGGACGGCAUCAUGGAGUCCUGUGCCCCCUGGCUGCUCGUCCAAGAUGGCUUACCAAUCAACAGACGCUAUUCUAAAUCUGAAUACCCGCAACUCUUUGCAGGGAUGCACAAGAAGUCCAUGGAGUCAGGCCCCCAGCCCCCGCCCGGAAAGUGCGACUCGCCCCAGCAGCCGAGCUCUCAGAGGGCAGAGGACGCUGAGGCGGAGGAGAAGAGGUCAGAGGGCAAGUCGGCCAUAUCUAAAGAGGAACUGAGAGAGAACAGCAUUGCCGCACUCAGGGCUAAGGCACAGGAGCACAGUGCCAAAGUGCUGGGGACGGUCUCUCAUGAUAGACUGCUGGAGGGCAAACAGGAGAUACAGGCAGCUGAGGAGAAGGCCAGUGAUCCCAUGAGUCCAGCAGAGGAGCAGAAAAGUCCAUAGAGACAGUUCCUAGGGACUCUGAUGGGUGAACGCCGUGGCCCGGGAUGCUUUCAGCAUGUGUGCGGACUUAUCCGACCAGACUCACAGUCCCGCAGGUUUUCACCCUCCACUGACUUUUCUGAACAGGCCUGUGCCUGGACUUCUUUAAGAAGUAAACCCGCCUGGUUCGCUGCUGCACAGAAGAUGCAAAUGCACUUUUUCUUAUUUACUCCCAAACAUACAGUCGUUGCUUGUCCAUAGUAGAGGAGAUGUGACAGAGUGGGAGUAAAAAAAAAAAAAAAAAAAAAAAAU